GCUGCGCAAUUGACACUCAAGUACUUGCAAACAUCAAAAAGAAUGAAUCGUGUUGGCAUUUUUGCUACGUUGUUGUUAUUGCUAUCGACCAGCAUCGAGGCCAAUCGAAGAGUGACGGUCAUUAGAAUGACCACUGAAACGACGACAUCGACGACGACGAUAUCGACAAAUACGGUAUGCUUCACGUUAAAGACUGAAGGAGGCGUGCCCAUCACCCCGUGUCGUCGCCGCCGACAACACUGGAUCGAAGAGCCCCUUUUCUUAGCUCCGCAAGAUCGCAUCGACGAAGACCUAUCGCAAUUCAUCAUCGAACCAAAAGAAACAUUCCAGGUAGAGCCAACUCUACUUCCGCCUGCAGGAUUCAGCAAUUACGGCUAUACAGAAUUAAAUCCAGGUGAUUACGGGUCACCAGACUCGCUGAUCAAACAUUCCGUACAGUCUUCGCUGUUUGUGCCCGUCAAUAUUGAACACCAGAGGCUUUACUUAGGCCCGUCUUUGUUGCUCCGCCGGAUAUGGGCCUACCUGGCCAACGACCUGUACCGCAAGGAUGACACAAAACGGACAGUGACGUUUACAAGAACAAAAAUAGCAACGGAAAGCGAAAUGUCUACCAAGACCAACACUAUCGGCAUCUCGGGUUGCACGCCCAGCCCGCUUCCGUACGACCUGUGUCCGUGAAUUCCCGUCUUCCUUCCAGCAGUUCGUCGCUC